AUGCUUGCCAAAUUUGUUUUUGGUGCUGUUGGCGGUAUUUGUUAUUCUUGCCGAAGUUCUUGCUGGUGUAAGGCACCGAGUAGGAGCGGUAUUUCUUCGGAUGGCUUAUCGAAUUAUAGCCUUGAGCGGCUGCCGCUGCCCACGCAAGAGGAGUUGGAGUAUGUGAAGACUUGGGGCGUUCCGUGGGUGAGUGACUGGGAUCGCCCCGGUGUGCGUGGGAUCCGCGCGGACCGUCAUCGUUCGUUUGUACGGCAGAUUGUUUUGGUUCGGCAUGGGCAGUACCAGUACGAAAAGUCGAACGAUGACCGUAUUCGCACGCUUACGCCGCUCGGUGAAGAACAGGCGAGACGUACCGGCCAGUAUUUGUUCAAGGCUUUUGUGCAGAGCGGAAUUAAAGCGUCGGGUGCAAAGGGACUGUCCGCUGACGACAUUGGGAAAGCUGCUUCAUCCACGGGUUCCUCGGUUGGAGCGGCCGCAGGAAGGAAUUCUAUGGGAGGAUUUCUUGUUGCACCGGAGCCGAAGUUUAUUCAUGUGUCAGACAUGACGCGUGCGCAGCAGACGGCGAAACACAUUUUGGAGGCUUUUCCGCCACAUCUGCGCAGACGGUUAGCGACCGAUGCCGCGUUGCGUGAGAGGUUCCCGUGUGAUCCGGAGCCGACGCGGCCUAACAAACAUGCCACGUAUGCCGACAUGCAGACAGUUGAAGCAGUCUUUGAGAAGUACUUUCAUCGGACGACUGCGGAUGAGUCAUCCGUGGAAAUUAUUGUAGGCCAUGCCAAUGUGAUUCGGUACUUGGUGUGUCGGGCGCUUCAACUCCCCCCUGAAGCGUGGUUGCGGAUUUCACUGCCACAUUGUAGCAUCACGAGCAUUUUAAUUGCCGGAAAUGGGCAUGUUUGUCUUUCGUGCCUGGGUUCGGCUGGGCACCUUCCAGUUGACCAAAUAACUACCCGUAAUGUUGCUUAG